AUGAAGAUCUCACAGAAAUUAGCCUUGUUCGCUUCUGCUUCCUCUUUAGUUUCUGCUGCACCAGUUGCUAUUACUGUCACUGAACAUAUCCAUAAAGCUGCUACCGUUACAGUCCAGGGUAUGCUUUAUGUGGAAAAUGGUAAUACUUUCACUACGUAUACAACUAUCGGCAUUCCAACUCUACAAGCUACAUCCAUUUCACAAACCUCUUCUAUCGGUAAUGCUUUUGCUACCGUUGCUACUGCACCUGCAGUUAUCGAUGAAGAUGAAGUUCUUGCCCGCUCGACUUCUUCUUCUGCGACGUCUACGCUCGACAUCAUAUCUACUCAAAAACCAAUAAUCAGAACCUUAGUAUCUCCAACUACAACAUCUAAUGGUGUUAUUGCAACGUCACCUACUCCUGUUGUCGAACAGGCAACAACAACCACCACAACAUCCAACACUCAAGCUGUAGAGCAACCAGCUAUUGAAACUACAACUACGUCACCAGUUAUCGAACAACAACAACCAACGACAACGACAGUGGCUGCUGCUGUUGCUGCUACCACUACUGCUGCUGCUGCAGCUACUGACAGUGGUAAUGAUAAUUUAUCUGAUUUUGCUUCAUCCAUGUUAAAUGAACAUAACAAUAAGAGAUCUUUACAUCAAAACACUCCAUCAUUAUCAUGGUCCGAUGAAUUAGCCNNACAUGCACAAAACUAUGCUGAUGCGUAUGAUUGUUCAGGUAAUUUGGUCCAUUCUGGUGGAUCCUAUGGUGAAAAUUUAGCAUUAGGUUAUUCUUCCACAGGAUCCAUUGAUGCGUGGUACAAUGAAAUUUCAGAUUAUGAUUUUUCUAAUCCAGGAUUUUCUGAAAGUGCCGGUCAUUUCACUCAAGUUGUUUGGAAAUCAUCUACUCAAGUUGGCUGUGGGAUUAAGGAUUGUAGUAGUAAUGGUUGGGGUAGUUACGUUAUUUGUUCAUAUGAUCCUGCUGGGAAUGUUAUUGGUAAUUUUGCUGAUAACGUUGAACCAUUGGCUUAA